UGGAAUCCUCCUCAAUCGGAUCUUCCGGCGGUCAGAUAGCGGAGUCCUCUGCUCGCAGGGCAUGUCCUGGUCUCUGGGUGAGGCUUAGUGGAUCUCUGCUGGACCCUCUGCUGUCCAGCAUUCCGGGGUCGCGCUGUCUUUACACUGAAGACCCAUAUUUUCUCUCACCAAAAAUCUCCAGAAAAUGGAUCCUUUAAGAAACGGGACUGAGUGUGAGGAGGACUCUCAGUGUGCUGAGGAGGAGGAAGAAGUGGAUCCGAGAAUCCAGGGGGAGCUGGAGAAGUUAAACCAGUCCACAGAUGACAUUAACCGCUGGGAGAGUGAGCUGGAGGACUGCCGUCAGCGGUUUCGCGCCGUGCUGGUAGAAGCAACAGUGAAGCUGGACGAGCAGGUGAAGAGGAUCGGACGAGCUGUGGAUGAUUCCAAACCAUACUGGGAAGCCCGCAAAGUAGCAAGACAGGCCCAGAUCGAAGCCCAAAAGGCCACUCAGGAGUUCCAGCGGGCGGUGGAGAUCCUGCGGGCAGCCAAGGAGACCAUAGCCCUGGCCGAGGAGAGGCUGCUGGAGGAGGACAGCCGCCAGUUUGACUCCGCGUGGCAGGAAAUGCUCAACCAUGCCACACAGAGGGUGAUGGAGGCGGAGCAGGCAAGAACACGGAGCGAAGCAGAACACCGAAAAACAGCAGCCAAUUACAACUCAUGUAUAAGCCACAUGAGGCAGCUAGAGAAGAAACUCAAGCGCUCCAUCAACAAAUCCAGGCCAUAUUUUGAACUGAAAGCCAAGUAUUAUCUGCAGCUGGAGCAACUUAAGCGUCAUGUGGAUGAACGUCAGGCCAAACUUGUGGUUGCGAAGGCCGACUACCGCGCAGCGCUACGCAACCUAGAGAGCAUCUCUGAGGAGAUCCAUGCCCAAAGACGCUCCAUCGCCAUGGGAACCAGGGAGCAGGGUGUCGGUGCGGAGGGAGACGCAGGCAACGAGGACAUUGCCAACUUCAAGAUGGAGUCCGACGGGCUGUCAAUGGUGUCCGUAUCAAUUGACGAGGAGGGCAGUCACAGUAGCAGCUCAGAGGAGGAGGCCGACACACACUCCACCUCCUCACCCUCCUCAUCCUCCUCUCAUCCUUCCACCUCUGCCUCCUCCCCCCCGGACAUGCCCCGCUCUUACCCCUCCUCCUUGCUCCACACCACCUGCUCCUACCUCUCCUCCUCCCCCCCCUCCUCCUCCGUCCUGUCCUCCUCCUGUCCCUCGGGCUUGGAGUCAGUGAGCCCCUGUGGCUCUCAUGACACGGACUCGGCGUGCGGUUCUGGGCACGCCUCGCCUCUCCUGGGCCCUCGCAGCCAGUGCAGCGGAGCUUCCUCUCCAGACUGUGACCAAGAGAGAGGUGACAGAGCAGAGGGAGCAGAAGCGACGCUAGAAGCCGGUUUGAACAAGCUAACCUUGACUGUAGCACAAAAACAAGACGGGGACUCUGAGGAUGAACAGGAUGGCCUGUACAUUAACCCCGACAUGUCCUCUCCUCGCUCUGCCUCUCCCAUUCUCUUACUCAAUGGUGUCUAAUGAAUGCCUGUCACACUAAAAACACUCACUGUGCCCAGCGCCAAGCGUCCGGACUCUGUAGCAGAGCACGUGGAACAGGCAGGAUUCAAGCUGCACACGCCAACCAUCCUGACAUUACGUGUCCAUAUUGUCUGAUGGUGUCAUGUUAAAGGUGCUACAGUGUUUGAACAUAAGUGCAUUGUUGUGAAAUAAAUUGUGAACAUAUGUUGUAAACAACUGAGAGCAGGCACAAGAGGAUAAGCCUCUAUGUGUAUAACUAGCACACUGUCAAAUCUGCCAAGUUGAUCCUACUUAAAAUAAUUUUGGAAAUUGAUUGCAUUGAAAAAGUAAAUGAUAAUAA